AUGGGUCUCACGCGCGCGAUGAGGAAGGCGCUGGCCGGCUACAAGAGGUGGAACAUAUUUACGGGGGACACGGUGCAGGUGAUUGGCGGGAGGAGGGACGUGGGGCGGCAGGGGAAGGUCGUGGACGUGGUGCGCGACAAGACGAACCCGGGAGUGAUCAUCGAGGGCCUCAACAUCGUGAAGAGGGCCGUUCCGAACCAGGAGGUGCCGAACAGGAGGGAGCGGCGGAAAAAGGGGAUCGUGCUGCCACCGGACGAGAAGAACCCGCCGAAGUUCGUCACGGUUGAGCAACCGAUCCACUACAGCAACGUGGCGCUGCUGGACCCCGUCACGAAGCAGCCGUGCCGCGUCAAGUGGAUGAGCGUCGAGGAGGACGACGGCAGCGUGUCGCGGGUGCGCGUCUCCAUGGGCAAACAGGCCACGCGCAGCAUCAUCGAGCUGCCGCCGGACAUGGAGGAGGAGGAAGUCAAGUCGAAGCUGCUCUCAAAAGGCCCGCUAGACACCGAGGCGGCGGAUGUGUUUGCACGCACCUACGUGGAGGGCGAGAUCCCUGACGUGUGUCAGCGGCUCGACGUCCGGGUGCGGAAGCUCGCGGAGCGGCGGGCGCAGCAGGCGGCUGCGCAGGCGGACGGCGCGCAGUGA